AUGGAUAAAAGGGAGCAACAAAUUGUGGCGUGGCUGAUGGAAGAAGGUACGGAGGAAAUAGAGGCCCCAGAUAGUAGGAUUGAAAAAGCAGAGAGUGACGGAGAUAGUGAUCACAGUGAAAAUUUCACCGACACGGAACAGUCAUCAUGCGAAGAUGAAGGUGAGAAUUAUUCAAGUCAAUCCGAGCGCGGUACAUAUUACUUAGGCAAGGAUAAAAUGACCAAGUGGAAUUAUCGUCCACAACGUACGAAUAUAAGAACAAGGUCACAUAACAUAGUAGACCAGGGGUAA